UAUAGCAACCAUACUUUUCCGUUUACUAUAAAGGAACUAUUGUAUCCCCUAUGUAAUGAUAACACCGGGAAUAAAAGUACACAUACAUACUUAAUAAUUUAAUAUGGAUAUGUCGAUAGUAUUCUCAAGUUUCAUUUUGUUAUCCACCAUAUCCACAAGCUUCCUCGCAGCUCAAAUAACACCAGUGACUUCACCAGCUCUUCUUCACCCAGAUGAAUUAAAAGCGCUUGAAGAGAUAGCUUCUACACUUGGAAUUACGAAACUGAACCUAGGCAAUGGAGACCCUUGCGAUUUAAAAAGACUAAAGAUUGAUGUUGCUCAGGAUCCAACGAGUGAGAACAUCAUUGUUUGUGAUUGUAGUCGCAACAAUACAUGCCAUAUUACAGAUUUAACGCUCAAGACCCUCGGUCUUCCGGGAAUAGUUCCACCAGAGUUGGUCAAACUUCAGUAUCUCCGAUCAAUAGACUUGUGCCGAAAUUACCUUUCGGGAUCAAUCCCGAUGGAGUGGGCUUCGAUGCCAGAACUCAUUUCCAUCUCGGUCUGCGCGAAUAAUCUUUCUGGGCCUUUACCAACUGGUUUACAAAAUUUCAAGAAGCUGAAAUUCCUAGGUGUUGAAGCGAACCAGUUCUCUGGUCAUAUUCCUGCUGAGCUUGGUAACUUGAUUAGCCUAACAAGAUUGCAACUUGGGUCGAAUCAAUUUACAAGUACCCUGCCUACCACUCUUUCCAAACUGGUGAAUCUCAAGGAAUUUCGGAUAAGUGACAAUAAAUUUAAUGGGAUCAUCCCGCGCUUCAUAGGCGACUGGUCUCGGCUUGAGAAAAUACAUCUAUUUGCAAGCGGACUGAAAGGACCUAUUCCUGAUGCACUUGCCCGCCUAGAAAAUCUUGUUGAUCUGACAAUUAGUGAUAUGACUGGGAUAAACUCCUUUCCAAAUAUAUCCAGCAAAUCUAUGAACACCCUGAUUUUGAGGAAUUUGAGUUUGUCUGGUCAAAUCCCUUCUUUCGUCUGGUCCAUGCCAGUCCUAGAGACUCUUGAUGUAUCAUUCAACAAGUUGAGUGGUGAAGUUGACUUACAAGGAAAAGUACCCAAAUAUACCUAUUUGAAUGAUAACAUGCUUUCUGGAAACGUUGGAUCUGGUGCUUUCCUCAACAAUGAAUCUUACAUUGAUCUCUCGUAUAACAAUUUCUCAUACCCAUCUAGCUGCCCGGACAAGCGUAUUAACAUUAAUUCAUACCGGAGCUCAUAUUUGCAGAAAAAUUUAACUGGACUUCUACCAUGUGCUAGUCCAAUAAAGUGCAACUAUCAACGGUCUCUACAUAUAAAUUGUGGCGGAGACAAAGUAGUUAUUACAAACUCUUCUCAUAAAAUCACUUAUCAAGCUGAUAACAAUGAAACCAAAGCCGCAACAAAUCAGCACUUUGAAAACUGGGGAGUAAGUAGCACAGGUUACUUGUCGAAUGAUAUAUACAUCAUUACACCUACAUUUGCAUUACCCGAGAAUUCUCCUGCUUUCUAUAAGUCCGCACGUCAAUCUCUGGUUUAUUAUGCGUUUUGCUUGGAAAAUGGAGCCUACAAUGUGAAACUCCAUUUUAUGGAGAUUCAGUUUUCCAACGAAGAACCCUACAGUCGACUCGGCAGACGCAUAUUUGAUAUCUAUCUUCAGGGAGAAUUGUUCAAGAGGGAUUUUAACAUCAAAGAGGAGGCUAAUGGAACUCGAAAGCCUAUUUUGAAAGAAGCUAACGUAAAUGUAGCUAAUCAUUUGUUAGAGAUUCGGUUGUAUUGGGCGGGAAAGGGGACAACUCUCAUUCCCCAAAGAUGGAACUAUGGUCCUAUUAUCUCUGCGAUCUCCUUGUGUCACAGCAGUUUGGGGCCAGGAUGUGGAGCGGAGAAAACAAUACAUCGCACUAAUUAUUUAUUAAUUUUCGGGAUAACGGGUGCCUUAUUAGCAGUUAUGCUCCUGGCUUUGGGAUUAUAUGCUCAGAAAAGAUGCAGGGGAGACAAGAACACAAGAGAACGAGAUUUGAGAGCCCAGGGACUGCAAACUGUUUGCUUUACAUGGAGGCAACUGCAAGCUGCAACAAACAAUUUUGAUGAAGCCAAAAAACUUGGAGAAGGAGGUUUCGGAUCCGUAUUCAAAGGAGAACUGUCAGAUGGAACUAUCAUAGCAGUUAAACAGCUUUCUGCGAAAUCAUGCCAAGGAAACCGCGAGUUUGUCAAUGAGAUAGGGAUGAUCUCAGGUCUUAAUCAUCCAAACCUUGUCAAGCUUUAUGGAUGUUGUGUCGAGAAGAAUCAGUUGUUGCUUGUGUAUGAGUACAUGGAAAAUAACUCCCUUGCUCUUGCUCUUAAUGGAGAGAGUGCUCCAAAUUUGGACUGGGCGGUUAGACAAAGAAUUUGUGUAGGAAUUGCAAGAGGGCUUGAAUUCCUCCAUGAAGGUUCGAUGAUCAGGAUGGUUCACCGUGACAUAAAAACCACUAAUGUCCUUCUAGACGCCGACCUAAAUGCAAAGAUAUCUGACUUUGGAUUGGCUAGGCUUCAUGAAGAAGAACACACACACAUUAGCACCAAAAUUGCAGGAACCAUUGGAUAUAUGGCUCCAGAAUAUGCAUUAUAUGGCGAACUAACCGAGAAGGCAGACGUGUUCAGCUUCGGGGUUGUGGCAAUGGAAAUUGUUAGUGGAAAGAGUAAUACGAAACAAAAGGGAAGUGCUGAUCACGUCUGGCUUAUCAAAUGGGCACGGAAGCUGCAACAAACAGGAGACAUAAUGGAUAUCAUUGAUCCAGUGCUCGAAGGUGAUUUCAACAGAAAAGAAGCGGAGAGGAUGAUCAAAGUUUCUCUAGUUUGCACAAACUCGUCUCCAUUGUUAAGGCCAACAAUGUCAGAGGUUGUGCAAAUGCUAGAGGGAGAGAUCGAAAUAACACAGGUUCUGUCAGAUCCUGGUUUAUAUGAACACAACUUUAGCAUAUCAAAACCGAGGGGCACUGAUACACAUGGUAGCUCGAGCACGUCUGGUUUGACUGAUCAAACAGAAACGACAAUGAAAUCCUCUGUUUCUAGUACUGAUCUCUACCCAUUAUACCCCGAGUCCAUGAUCUUAAACUCGACAGUAGACUUUUCUUCCUCAGCAUUCUAACAUCAAUCGCUGUGUGCAUUGCCUUGUCUCUUAUGAGAGACAAAAGGCUUGUAAGCUGUCUCUUAUAUCAGUAAAUAUGUCUGAAACCUUAUAUUGUCAUGGAUAUUUAUGAAUGUUUUUUAAAUGGAAUAAUAUCGUCUUAUGAAACUCUAA